UGGCCUUUCUUUCUACUCUUUGCUUGCCUUCCUUGUAUUCUCUCUUUCUGUUCUGACUAUUCCAUAUCUACACCUUUCUUUAUAAAACUUCGAAUCUCUCUUCUAUCAUCUCCUUCACAAACAAGAAGCUACCAGAGCUGUCUUUAAGUCCUCGAUUAGUAAUGUUUUUUUAUAGAUUAAUUUUAGUAGCAAUCUUCUUUAUUUCUCUAUUCCUCUUUCCAAGCAAUGCUAUUCGAUCUUCUUUACAGAGUAAUGAGAUAAAGAUUGAAAGAUUUUAUCUUUCUUUGCAGUUCUUGGAAGCUCCAGAUUAUCAAAAUGGACAAGAAUGUCCUUCUGUCGAUAAAAACAGUUUUUUGCAUCAUUGUAAUCCAUUUCUUGUUCAUAUAGCUAUGACUCUUGAUCCAGAAUACUUAAGAGGCACCAUAGCAGCAAUCCAUUCAGUUCUUAAACAUGCUUCUUGCCCUAAAAAUAUUUUCUUUCACUUCAUUGCUUCUGACUCGAGCUUAAUUAGUCCAAAAAAGUUAUCCGAGACUGUACAGUCUGCAUUUCCUUCUUUGCAAUUUAAAGUCUAUCUCUUUGAAGAGGAUUUGGUAAAUAGUCUGAUCUCAAGUUCUAUACGCCCAGCUCUUAAUAACCCAUUAAACUAUGCAAGAAGUUAUAUAGCGGAUUUGCUCGAUUCUUGUAUUAAACGAGUAAUUUACUUAGAUUCGGAUGUUAUAGUUGUUGAUGACAUUGAAAAACUAUGGAAGAUUUCUCUUACUGGGUCAAGAACAAUAGGAGCACCUCAAUAUUGCCAUGUGAACUUAAAGAAGUACUUUACUAAUGAGUUCUGGAGAGACAGGGAACUUUCUGGGGUUUUUGAAGGGAAAAAUGCAUGUUAUUUUAAUACAGGUGUAAUGGUGAUGGAUUUGGAGAGAUGGAGAGAAGGUGAAUAUACAAAGGAAAUUGAGAAAUGGAUGAGAAUACAGAAGGAGAAAAGGAUUUAUGAAUUGGGUUCUCUUCCACCAUUUUUAUUAGUUUUUGGUGGAGAAGUUGAGAGUAUUGAACAUAAAUGGAAUCAACAUGGACUUGGGGGAGAUAAUGUGGUUAGAAGUUGUAGGUCUCUGCAUCCAGGAAAUGUUAGCUUGAUUCAUUGGAGUGGAAAAGGGAAGCCAUGGAUAAGACUUGAUGAGAAUAAGCCUUGCCCUAUUGAUUCUUUAUGGGCACCCUAUGACCUGCAUAAAGACCAUCAAAGAAGAAGACGACAAUGAUCUUUUAGUCGUUGUUAUCUUUGUUCAUUUGAUUCUUUUAUUUGUUUAUUUUAUAACUUUUUGUCCUCUGUUUUAUAUUUUGGGCUGAGUGCCUGAGAGUGAGAGGACAGAGUUUUCCUUUGUAUAGAAAGGGAGUAUAAAUACUGAAAUUCGUUUGUAUCAAUUCUUUGUAGUUUUUUGCUAUGGAAUUUUGUUCUCAACAUUAGAGUGGCAGUUAGCUUUUAA